AUGACACAACACAGAUGGGCUACCACUGGGAGCAGGCGGGUCACCACUGGAAGCAGGCGGCUCACCACUGGAAGCAGGGGGGUCACCACUGGGAGCAGUGGGGUCACCACUGGGAGAAGGCGGGUCACCACUGGAAGCAGGGGGGUCACCACUGGGAGAAGGCGGGUCACCACUGGGAGAAGGCGGGCGGGUCACCACUGGGAGAAGGCGGGCGGGUCACCACUGGGAGAAGGCGGGUCACCACUGGGAGAAGGCGGGCGGGUCACCACUGGGAGAAGGCGGGUCACCACUGGGAGAAGGCGGGCGGGUCACCACUGGGAGAAGGCGGGUCACCACUGGGAGAAGGCGGGUCACCACUGGGAGAAGGCGGGUCACCACUGGGAGAAGGCGGGUCACCACUGGGAGAAGGCGGGUCACCACUGGGAGAAGGCGGGUCACCACUGGAAGCAGGGGGGUCACCACUGGGAGAAGGCGGGUCACCACUGGGAGAAGGCGGGCGGGUCACCACUGGGAGAAGGCGGGCGGGUCACCACUGGGAGAAGGCGGGCGGGUCACCACUGGGAGAAGGCGGGCGGGUCACCACUGGGAGAAGGCGGGCGGGUCACCACUGGGAGAAGGCGGGUCACCACUGGGAGAAGGCGGGCGGGUCACCACUGGGAGAAGGCGGGUCACCACUGGGAGAAGGCGGGUCACCACUGGGAGAAGGCGGGUCACCACUGGGAGAAGGCGGGUCACCACUGGGAGAAGGCGGGUCACCACUGGGAGAAGGCGGGUCACCACUGGAAGCAGGGGGGUCACCACUGGGAGAAGGCGGGUCACCACUGGGAGAAGGCGGGCGGGUCACCACUGGGAGAAGGCGGGCGGGUCACCACUGGGAGAAGGCGGGUCACCACUGGGAGAAGGCGGGCGGGUCACCACUGGGAGAAGGCGGGUCACCACUGGGAGAAGGCGGGCGGGUCACCACUGGGAGAAGGCGGGUCACCACUGGGAGAAGGCGGGUCACCACUGGGAGAAGGCGGGUCACCACUGGAAGCAGGGGGGUCACCACUGGGAGCAGUGGGGUCACCACUGGGAGCAGUGGGGUCACCACUGGAAGCAGGGGGGUCACCACUGGGAGCAGGCGGGUCACCACUGGAAGCAGGGGGGUCACCACUGGGAGAAGGCGGGUCACCACUGGGAGAAGGCGGGCGGGUCACCACUGGGAGAAGGCGGGUCACCACUGGGAGAAGGCGGGCGGGUCACCACUGGGAGAAGGCGGGCGGGUCACCACUGGGAGAAGGCGGGCGGGUCACCACUGGGAGAAGGCGGGUCACCACUGGGAGAAGGCGGGCGGGUCACCACUGGGAGAAGGCGGGUCACCACUGGGAGAAGGCGGGUCACCACUGGGAGAAGGCGGGUCACCACUGGGAGAAGGCGGGUCACCACUGGGAGAAGGCGGGUCACCACUGGGAGAAGGCGGGUCACCACUGGAAGCAGGGGGGUCACCACUGGGAGAAGGCGGGUCACCACUGGGAGAAGGCGGGCGGGUCACCACUGGGAGAAGGCGGGCGGGUCACCACUGGGAGAAGGCGGGCGGGUCACCACUGGGAGAAGGCGGGUCACCACUGGGAGAAGGCGGGCGGGUCACCACUGGGAGAAGGCGGGUCACCACUGGGAGAAGGCGGGUCACCACUGGGAGAAGGCGGGUCACCACUGGGAGAAGGCGGGUCACCACUGGGAGAAGGCGGGUCACCACUGGGAGAAGGCGGGUCACCACUGGAAGCAGGGGGGUCACCACUGGGAGAUGGCGGGUCACCACUGGAAGCAGGGGGGUCACCACUGGGAGAAGGCGGGUCACCACUGGAAGCAGGGGGGUCACCACUGGGAGAAGGCGGGUCACCACUGGGAGAAGGCGGGUCACCACUGGGAGAAGGCGGGCGGGUCACCACUGGGAGCAGUGGGGUCACCACUGGAAGCAGGGGGGUCACCACUGGGAGCAGGCGGGUCACCACUGGAAGCAGGGGGGUCACCACUGGGAGCAGUGGGGUCACCACUGGGAGCAGUGGGGUCACCACUGGAAGCAGGGGGGUCACCACUGGGAGCAGGCGGGUCACCACUGGAAGCAGGGGGGUCACCACUGGGAGCAGUGGGGUCACCACUGGGAGCAGUGGGGUCACCACUGGAAGCAGGGGGGUCACCACUGGGAGCAGGCGGGUCACCACUGGAAGCAGGGGGGUCACCACUGGGAGCAGUGGGGUCACCACUGGAAGCAGGGGGGUCACCACUGGGAGAAGGCGGGUCACCACUGGAAGCAGGGGGGUCACCACUGGGAGCAGGGGGGUCACCACUGGGAGCAGGCGAGUCACCACUGGAAGCGGUCGGAAAAACUAG